CAUUCUUGUAUUAUAUUGAAAGUUUCCUUUCUGUUUCCAUCUUGCAUAUAAUAAUAAUGGCGGCUGAGACGAAAACACAAAAGACUGUCGUUGUCGGGGCGGGCCCUGUCGGCGCUCUCGCUGCCCUGUAUGCCGCACGGCGGGGUCACGAAGUAGAAGUGUACGAAUUGCGGGGUGAUCUCCGAGACCCUGACACCAUCCCAUUAAACUUCACCCGGUCCAUCAACCUUGCGCUCUCGGAGCGCGGCAUCAACGCCAUGAGAAAUGCCGGAUCAACCAGCCUACUUGACGGCGUACUCUCCGAAACUAUCCCCAUGCACGGCCGGAUGAUCCACGGCCGUACCAAGACGGGAGAUCUCUUUGAGCAGUCCCAACUCUACGAUGUUCACGGACGAUUCCAACGAGCCGUGGAUCGCGGGUCUCUCAACAAAAGUCUGCUCGACGAACUGGACCACCUACCCAACGUCAAGCUCUUCUUCAACCACAAACUCACCGGCGCAGACUUUGACGCCAACAAAGCCUGGUUUGAGCGCCGCAUUCCUUCCUCUUCACCCACCAAACCCUCUGAAUCCGAAACCGAAACCGAAACCGAAUCUUCCUCAGAAACUCCCGCCACCACGUCUUCCUCGAACCCGGUUCCGCCUGCUCCUCCCGGCCCCGAGGAAAUCCAAGUCGAAUUUGACUUUCUCAUUGGCGCCGACGGCGCACACUCUGCCACGCGAUACCACCUCAUGAAAUACACACGAGUCAACUACCAGCAAGAAUACAUUGACGCACUAUGGUGCGAGUUUCAAAUCCCGCCUCUUUCCCAGCCAUCCUUACCAUCCUCCUCCUCCUCUUCCUCAUCCACCUCAUCAUCGUCCCCUUCCGCGUCCGCGUCCGGGUUCCGCAUCUCACCUAACCACCUCCACAUCUGGCCCGGCCGCGACUUCAUGUUCAUUGCCAUCCCAUCGCUCGAUCGCUCAUUCACCUGCACUUUAUUCGCUCCUCAGGACGUCUUUGCCCGUCUGUCCUCAUCCUUAUCCUCCGAUCCUUCCGACCCAUCUGCCUUUUCUUCCUCUUCUACUCCCUCCCAUCCUUCUGAUCCCUCCGGUCCGUCCGGCUCAGACCUCCUCACCUUCUUCAACACGCACUUCCCCGGCGUCGUACCGGACCUGAUAUCCCCCGACGCCCUGCGCUGGCAAUUCUCCAACAACCCGCACCUGCCACUCAUCAGCAUCAAAUGCACGCCGUACCACUACUCGUCCAAGGUCGUCAUUGUCGGCGACGCCGCGCACGCCAUGGUGCCGUUUUACGGCCAGGGCAUGAAUGCCGGGCUUGAGGAUGUUCGGGUAUUGUUUGAUGUUUUGGACUCUUACUCUCCCGGAUCCUCUUCUUUGGACAAAUACUCUUCCGACAACAUGGGCGCAGCACUAUCAGCAUACACCCGCCUCCGCACACCCGACGCGCACGCGAUCAACGACCUCGCACUGAGUAACUACAUCGAGAUGCGCGCGUCGGUGCGGUCCCCCGUGUACCUCCUGCGCAAGACCAUCGAGGAGUUCAUCAGCAGCCGCUUCCCCUCGACGGGGUGGGCGACGCAGUACGCGCGCGUGUGUUUCGGGAACGAGCGCUACUCGGACGUGCAGCACGCAGUUGCGCGGCAGGGGCGGAUCCUGGCGGGCGGGCUGGUGGCGAGUGCGCUGCUGGGCUCGUCGGUGCUGGGGGUGGUGCUGCUCCGGAUGAUUGCGAUGAGAGGAGGACGACGUGUAGUAGGAGGAGGGAGGGAGUGGGUAACUACGUUGGUGAGGAUGUUGAGGGAGAAGAUUGGGUCGUUGAGGAGAUGAUGUGUUUUUUUUUUAAUUAUUAUUAUUUUUUUAUUUUUUAUUUUUUAUUUCCCCCCC